AGUCGCUCAGGGUAAGGAAGGGAUGCGAGCGGAAGUGACGUAGUCCCGCGCACGCGGUGCAGCGAGGAUCGGGCGGGUUGUUUCCUCCCGGCUUGGGAAGUUACGAGCUCUUUUACCCCACGUAGGCCGGACCCAACGCUCCGGUCCCCGUCCCGUCGGCAAGAUGGUGAAGCCCAAGUACAAAGGACGGAGCACCAUCAACCCCUCUAAAGCCAGCACAAAUCCUGAUCGAGUUGAGGGAGCAGGAGGCCAAAACAUGAGGGACCGGGCCACAAUCCGACGCCUGAAUAUGUACAGGCAGAAGGAGCGCAGGAACAGCCGUGGUAAAGUGAUUAAGCCUCUGCAGUAUCAGUCAACGGUGGCUUCUGGCACAGUGGCGAGAGUGGAGCCGAACAUUAAGUGGUUUGGAAAUACACGUGUGAUUAAGCAGUCAUCGCUACAAAAAUUUCAAGAGGAAAUGGACACGGUCUUGAAGGAUCCAUACAAAGUUGUCAUGAAGCAAAGCAAGUUACCCAUGUCUCUUCUCCAUGAUCGAAUCCGGCCUCAUAACUCAAAGGUGCACAUCCUUGAUACUGAAAGCUUUGAAACUACAUUUGGCCCUAAAGCACAGAGGAAGCGACCAAAUUUAUUUGCAAGUGAUAUGCAGUCACUUAUAGAAAAUGCAGAAGUGUCCACUGAGAGCUAUGACCAGGGGAAGGAUCGUGACUUGGUAGCUGAAGACACUGGUGUGAGAAAUGAAGCCCAAGAAGAGAUAUAUAAAAAGGGACAGUCUAAAAGAAUAUGGGGUGAACUCUACAAGGUGAUAGAUUCAUCAGAUGUUGUAGUUCAAGUUCUUGAUGCUAGAGAUCCAAUGGGUACCCGUUCCCCUCACAUUGAGACUUACUUGAAAAAGGAGAAACCUUGGAAACACCUCAUUUUUGUUCUUAACAAAUGUGACCUUGUUCCAACCUGGGCAACGAAACGAUGGGUUGCCAUCCUCUCCCAAGAUUACCCGACGCUUGCUUUCCACGCAAGUCUUACUAACUCCUUUGGCAAAGGAGCAUUUAUUCAGCUUCUGCGGCAGUUUGGAAAGUUGCACACUGACAAGAAACAGAUCAGCGUGGGUUUCAUUGGCUAUCCAAAUGUUGGCAAGAGCUCUGUCAUAAACACACUGCGCUCCAAGAAAGUUUGCAAUGUGGCCCCCAUUGCAGGUGAAACAAAGGUCUGGCAGUAUAUUACCUUGAUGCGCCGGAUAUUCCUUAUCGACUGUCCGGGUGUGGUUUACCCCUCUGAGGACUCAGAGACGGACAUUGUGCUGAAAGGAGUCGUUCAAGUUGAAAAAAUUAAGACUCCUGAAGACCACAUUGGUGCCGUACUUGAACGAGCAAAGCCAGAAUAUAUCAGCAAGACAUACAAAAUUGAUUCUUGGGAGAACGCUGAGGACUUUCUUGAGAAGCUAGCUUUCCGAACAGGGAAGUUAUUGAAGGGUGGAGAGCCUGACCUGCGGACUGUGGGGAAGAUGGUCCUCAAUGACUGGCAGAGGGGCCGGAUUCCUUUCUUUGUCAAGCCGCCCAAUGCAGAGCCCCCUGUGGCCCCCCAGCUUCCGUCCUCCUCCUCUUUGGAAGUGGCCACAGAAACAGCCCAGAACAGCCCAGAAGAGGGCGUCACAGACACUGUAGGUGAGGAGUCGGAAUCCAUCGCUGAGAAGGAAAAAGAGGAGCCCGGCCACGGUGGCGCCGAUUCAGAAAUGCAGCAGAUUGUGGCGCGGGUCCGGCAGAACUUCGGCAAAAUCAACGUCGUGCCUCAGUUUUCUGGGGAUGACCUCGUUCCUCUGGAGAUGUCUGAUAUUGACGAAGAGCUGGAGAGCCUUUCCGCGGAGAGGGAGGAGGAGGAGGAGGAGGAACAGGAGCACCAAGGAGACGAAGAGGAAGAGUCCUACGCAAAGUCCCAGGAAGAACACGCGGGAAGCAACACCAAGGCCGUUAUUCAAGCCCUGGAUGAGAAGAUUGCUAAGUACCAGAGGUUUUUAAACAAAGCCAAAGCUAAGAAGUUUUCAGCAGUCAGAAUAUCCAAGGGACUGAGUCAAGUGGUUUUUGCAAAAUCCGAAGAACAGAGAAGAGCAGCUGAAGAAGACGUAGAAGAUACAGCACCUACCAGGAAGGGAAAGAAGAGGAAGGCACAGAGGGAGGAGGAGCAGUCGAACAAAGCUCGCAGGACGCUUACAUCUAAGGAACGGAGGCGAGAAGCACGGCAGCAACGAUCCAGAAAAGUCGGUGUACGCUACUAUGAAACACACAACGUGAAAAACAGGAACAGGAACAAAAAGAAGACCAGUGACUCAGAGGGGCAGAAACACAGACACAAGAAAUUGAAACAUAAGCAGUAACGUUUUAAAAGUUGUUUAUUAAAUUCUACAAAAAUAUGCAGUUAGAAACUCUGUUCGUUUUCUUCAUGCCCAAUUGGCAUUUCGAAGGCCAUGGGUGCAUCUGUUCUGAGAUUUGACAGUUGAAACCAUUCACCAGUGCCAGUGAAAAUAAAGAUAAGCCCCUCACCCCCAAGGAUCUCAGCGAUGGGGUCCACUGGAACUUCGGACACUUGAAUUAGCCCUGUGAGUUCCUCAAGCAAAUGGAGAUAUCUGACAGAAACAGGCCUGAGGUCUAGAAAGUGUGGAGUGUGGUAUUUUUUUUGUACUGGCAAUGAGCAAUUUAGAACAGAAGCUCUUUGGAAUAGAACUGUAAAAAGAAGAAAAUUUUAGGGAUGUCGUGUGCAGAGCCUAGGCUUUAAAAUACGAAGAAAAAGCCACAGCAACUUGUGUUGUCCGUCGUUGAGUCUGCUAGGGGAACCUAACAGGCCACGAGUGCUGCACUGUCAAGGAGUCAUGGGACUAGCACAUCUCAGUGACCACAGUUCUUUCCCAUGAAAAUGACAGAGCACAGACAGGCCAUUUUAGUGGAAUCUGGGGAUUAAUUCCUCAGGACACCUGGAUGAGGGUAAAAGCUGUGACUUCAAAUUUGAGAUUAGAGUGUAGAGGGCUUGUUUGACUCAGUGGAACACGGCUGUUCUUGUUGGACUGCAGUUCAUCCAGUGAGCCUGGAAGCCCUGGCCGGGACGGGUAUCCGACCCGAGCGCCUCUCCAAGAGGACGCUGAGCACUUGAGGCCUUCUAACCGAGGGGAGAUGUUAGCGCCUUCUUAGUCACGCUAGUUGUGAAGUGUGACUGAAGGAUGGCACUCAUGGAGCUGCUGCUGUGCCCUGGAAUGAAGGAUUUAUGUCACUAAUUAAGUCUCCUGGGUCUGUGAAAUCAGAAGACUCCUGAGCCUCCAGACUGAGUUUAGAUUAUGAGGAACAGUAAAAUGCAGUUGUCUCCAGGCCAUGGCCGUCAUGAAUAAUUAGAACUGAGAGUGAGGUCUGGGCUAGCCAGGCUGUAGGGUUGGGGUUUGAUUGUCUGCAGAGCAAGGUGAACAACUCAGUGCUGGGGGAGGAGCCGAGGUCCAGGCAGCUCACAGUGGACACCGUGACCUGUAUUUCUUUCCAGCACGUGUUUACGUUCUCGAAACCCAUGGGUUUGACCCUGCCAUUGCCUCCUACCCAGGCAGUCCAAAACUAAGGAGGAUGGGGUCCAGUGACUUGGCAGGCGGGGAUAAGAUGAUACGGUAUAAACUGAAAACUCCAAAAUGAGGUAGUAGAACUGCACUGGAGUAGGGAUGAUGAAAAGACAUCAAAUAAGGGCAAGACUGAGGCCAGAGGAGCCCGGGUUAAGGGACAAGAUGAAUUGCGGGGCAGAGAAGCAGCUUCGUGUGGCUGGAAAUAAGUGACAGUAUGGAGUGACAGUGAGAAAGGAGCUGCUCCACCUGAGAGGGAUACAGCCAAAGGGGUGAAUUCUGAGUCUCACCGUUGGAGUUGGCAAAUCCCAAGGUUGGCCACGUACAGAGACUUCCUGGGCCACACUGCCUUCUGUCGUCCAGCCCGGAGCCUGGCUGCCAGACCGUAGGUGUCGCACCACACUGGGGCGGUGGUGGGGCUUCUGACGAAUACGUAGGUGGGACCAGGGGAGGGGUAUGGCUUCACUCAGGAAGCUUUUUAUUACAAAGGGCUUAUGAUGGGGUAGUAGUGCUUGCUGAGACCCAUAUGGAAAUUAUCACUUCUUUGGUGCAAUAAUGCCUUCCAGUUGGGCCUGAAAAACAAAACCAAACUCCGUUAAUAUUUGAAACUUGCAGCCUAACACAACUAGCUGAGAGGUGAUAAAAGUCUCCGGGAAGAGUAAUCCAAAUGCUGCCACCCCAAGUGUUUUUCCCUUCAUUCCCAACUCCGUAUUUUCUAGAUGAGCUGGUCUCUGGCUUGGCAUUCAGUCUUGCUGCAUUAGGAGAAAUCAGAGCUGUCCUGGUUUCCAUACAAUAGCUGCUCAGUGUGUAAUAUACGGCAUUGAAAAGGAAAUUGAAUAAAAGGUGUUGAAAUAGUGGCUUUUCAAGGCUCAGAUUUCAAGCCUGAGCACGUCUGCUAAGUUAAGCGUUUGGCUCUCUGGUUUGGGAGCCUGGGAGCUCUGUGCUGGGACAAGAGGUUUUGGAAACAGCAGAUUUUCAGCCACUGAGACAACCUGAUACCCAAUUAGAGAAAACUGCCACCAGUGAGUAGGGAGCUGUCCAUCUUGUAUGUAAAACUUCAGGCACUUGGGAGUUAUUUACUCUGCUCCUCCGGCAGCCAGUAAAAUAAUUCACUGUCACGGUGUGUGAACAGAUCUCUAAGUAGGUCUAUUCUGCGGACUGCAAACACUGCUUUAUUUGCAGUGCAGCUUUGAGCCAAUAAAAAUAACUCACUACUAAAGAGUCCUUCACCCUGGGGAUUCCAAGGUUGCUUGUAAAUGUUAGAAAGAUGCCGAGGUAUUCUGCUUUGCUCUUGCCGCCAAUACCAUAGGAGGAACUGAGGAACUUGAGCUUAUGAUAAAAGAAUAUGGCAGAUAAGGGAGGCAGCUUCAGAGACUGCUAAGUAAACAGAUUCACAUCUGGCUGUGAAAGUUUCUUUGUUUUGUUUAAACUCAGCAACAAGAAAAUCUAUGUCAUCCUCCACUAGCAAUUAACACAAGCCCUUCUUUAUCUCAAAUGCCUGGCCUUGGCUUGUAGUACCAACAAGCCUGCCAAUCGCAAGAAUGUAAGCUUCUAUGAAACUAGGGAGGAAAAGGAGAUACAUCUAGGGGCCCCUCCUGGCCAGGGCCAUGGGAGACAGCCACUGAACGUCAAUAGGCCGUAUAUCUAGAGCAGUGGUUCUCAAACUUUGGCAAACAUCAGAAUAGAGAAUGUUGCCCCAUGCAGUGAUUCUGCCCACCUUCACCAUCUGUUGGUAAAAAAAAAACUAUAUUUUACUCUUUUCUGCGAAGUUUGAAUCUUGUUUUAUCUCAUUAUAAUUAACACUUGUUUCUGCAAGAUUCGCAAAAUGAUGACAAUUGAUGAAGUUCUGUAAUGGGCACAUGGAUGUGUAUUGCAUUAUUCUACUUUGUGUUUCAAAAUUCUCAUAAUAAAAGGUUAAAAAAAAA